UCUCUCGGUAAACUCUGGGAGUUAACUAAUAAGGGAUAAGGAGGUAAAUGUGAACAGCAUGGGGUCCUGGGAGUAAUUCUGCUUUUCCCUGCACUUUCAGCUAAAAUAGAUCUGCCCUCAGUUCUGCUGCCAGCCAGGAGCUCUGCGUCUGUUCUGAGGACAGCUUCCACACACUCCAAGAAGGACCAAGUGCUGCAGGUAACGAGCCAAAGUGGUGGGGAAAGAGAGAGAGGGGGGAUGGGGAUGGGAGCAAACAGGGUGCUGAGUUGGCUCAGUGAUGGGAAGGCAAUGCACAGGUUUUUUCCUCUGGAAAGCAUUGCGGAGAAGUAAAUAUCCAAGGGGAUGAAGUAAUGUGAGGGGAAAAGUUGAGUGGACUGGGAUGUGUUGAACACUCCUGCCCAGCUGUGUGGCUGGAGGCAGGGAACGAGGCUGACAGUGAGACACUGGGAGCAAGAAGAAAUACGGGUGCCUUUAUUUCCCUGCUGCGUGUCAGCUCAGGUUACUUUCAAUCCCACAUCCCGAGCUGCUUUCCCCAGCAGGCAGAUCACAGCAGCAGGAGGACUGUUUAGUUAACCACUUCCUAGCCAUGCUCCCUGUUUUUUUCCACUCCAAAGCUUCUGUGUGCAACUACAGGGACCUAAACCUUGCAGAACUAGACACUGGGGACUGGUCUUUCUGCCCAGAAGCACAACCACAGUGAGUCUCUCUCCUCUUCAGGGCCAAGCCUUGUUGGGCUCCUGCCUUGCUGAGCUCUUGUCAUGGCACUCCCCAAUGACUCCUGGCAGAACACCUCAGCCCCUCUCUUCACAGGCCUCGACCUCUUGCUGGAGCUUAAGCCACUCUUCAUCCCUCUCUACGCUACCCUGGUGGCUGUGGCGUGCAUGGGGAACCUCUUCCUCAUUCUCCUCAUCGCUCUCACCAAAAAGCUGCACUGCACCUCCAAUUUCCUCAUUGGCAACCUGGCAGCGGCUGACUUUGUCAUGUGCCUGGCCUGCGUCCCUCUGACUGUCUCUUAUGCCUUCGAGGUGCGGGGUUGGCUUUUCGGGAUGUUCAUGUGCUACUUUGUCACCCUGAUGCAGGCCACCACCGUGUUUGUCUCGGUGCUGUCCCUCACCGCCAUCGCCAUUGACCGCUACAUCGUCGUGGCCUACCCCAUCCGCCGAAGGAUAAGCCGCAAGUCCUGUGUCUGCAUCGUGGCCUGCAUCUGGCUUCUCUCCAUCCUGGCCUCUGUUCCCACCUCACUGCACACGCAAUACUUGGAUCUCAACGCCAUAGGCCAUGACAUGAUCAUCUGCGAGGAGUUUUGGAAGCACAAGGAGAGGGAGCGGCUGCUGUACUCGUGUCUGAUGCUCCUUUUGUCCUAUAUGCUCCCGCUGCUGGCAGUAUCGGUCUCCUUCUGUGCCAUCUCCUAUCACCUGCAGAAGAGGAACAUCCCAGGAGCUGCCUACCCGUGCCAAGACAAGUGGAGCAAAACGAAGCAGAAGACCUUCCGGGUGCUCACCAUCUCGGUGGUUUGCUUUGCUGUCUGCUGGCUGCCCCUCCAGGUAGUCAACUUCAUCAGAGACAUUGACGAGGAGUUCACCAUCCUGGACAAGAGAUACGUGAAUGUCAUUCAAGUCUCAUGCCACCUGAUUGCCAUGAGCUCCGCAUGCUACAAUCCCUUCAUCUACGCCUCUCUCCAUGACAAGUUCCGCUUCCACCUCAGCAGUUACUUCUACCGCAAGAAGAAGAGCUCCAGCACUGUGUCCUACAAGGCUUCUCGGUUCAACACCUGCUCCACUCUGGCAGAUGCCGCAGCUGGACUCUCAGAUAAGAUAGCUUUGCAAGCCAGAUUCUCUUAGCUGAACUUCUCUUACAAGCUUGCUCUUGGGCCUGGGUGUAGGUGCUUGUGGCUGGCAGGGAGAGCAAGUACCACAGAACCAAGUGAAGGGAUGUCUGCCCUCAAGUAGCAGCUCUUCUGAGCAGCUCAAGGACAUUUUAUUCCUUGACACAGAGCACACCAGCACAACAACAACGAAUACCACAAUCAUGUGAAAAUAGAAUAAUCUUGAGCAGGAUUUACCUGAUAGUCGCCACUGAGACACAUUGGGCACUGGUGGGUGUUUCCACCUGGUCUGACUCAAGAAUCAGUGCCAAUGAAACAGCUUUCACUUGCCUUGUUAAAAUAGAACAAUGUAUAUAUAUCUGGAUUCAUAACUGGGUAUAUAAUUGGUGUGAUGGUAGUGUUCCAUAGGCCUCAGUUUUCAGAAAUGCCUACACACAGUGACAUAGUCAAAAUCUGCCUAAAUAUGAGUGCUUGCUUCGUGUGCAAGGAGAAAUGUUCAUGCUGUACCACUGGUUGUGCAGCAAGGCUGGGGAUGGGGUAUGUACACACACUAGAUCUCCACUCACAGCUUACUAUGCCAGGGGACUGGUGCUGUAUUUGCAGCACAAAGACAUCUCCUAGUGGGGUAUAUAGGGGUGGGCAAGAUGUUGGGUGCAUUUAAAGAAGUCUUUGAAGUACAGGUUGUCAUUUUGUAGAAUAAAGAUUGUUCCUAAGCAACAGAUAGCAUUUUCUGCCUCCAGACAGCACUUAAAGAGCUGUCCAUUUUUUUGUUUAAAUUGUAGUCCGUAGGUGAAAGGACAAUAUACAUUCAGAAAUGUGCAUUCUUCUGCCAGCUAGCAUGCAGGGCACACAGCCACAGCUUGUGUCAAGUGUGGGGACACUUCCAACAUCUACUUGUCUUUCUGAGUAACCUCAUCUGCAUAACCUCAUAGGAUAGUCCCUAUGACUCCAGCCAGAAGUGUGCAGCCAUACAAGACGAGGCAGACAAGGCUCAAGGUAAUGGAGUAGGUGAUAAGAAAGGUAUCAAGUUGUGUGCUUACUGAGGAAGAAGUCCCAGUCUCCACUCAGAGUGGUUUAUAUGCAGAGAAGUUAUAUGCUCUUCUUGGGCAGGGGUGGAAAUCCUGCUCAUGGGCUACUCUGACCCUAAAACUGCUGAAUAAAUUGUGGGUUGGACUCUGGUGUCUCCACAUGUUGGUUGGACCUUAAGAGCCUCAGGCAAUAACCUGCUGUUGGCUCACCUUACUGCUGAGACCUUCACGGGUCCCAAUGGCUAUUCUGGAACAGGAGACAGAAGCCCAUCAAACACAACACUGCUCACUCUGUUGGCUUCUUGCAGCUUUCUUGUGGCUACAUAGGGUUGUGCUUAGGACGAAGGCUGAAGUAUUUGUGCUGGAGGAGCAAAGACCAGGUCACUGCUUGUCCCUUCUGCUAAUAAAGGCUUUAAAAAGCUCAGGCUGUGUGUUUGUAUUGAUUUGAACCAAAAAGAUAAGGCCUGCAGUCACUCCCCUUGUAUGCAAUUUGAUCUCAUCACAGGAAAACAAUCAGUCUGGAAGUGUUUGUCCAUCACUGUCACAGGCAGCUGCCUGGAGUCUAGCUGGAGCUCUGAGAUUUUCAGGGAAGCUUUGCUAUGACACAGCUUGGC